AUGGCAGAGAACUCAACAGAUGCCCCGGUGUCUUCCUUCACCUCGAUUCCGGUUCUGGACUAUACGCAAUCAUUAUAUCCCACGACCAAGCCGAAAUUCCUGGCGCAGUUGCGUGACGCGCUCAUCAAUGUGGGAUUUUUAUAUCUCAAAAACCCACCAGUCUCCAAUGCUGCGCAAAAUGCAUUGACUCAAAAGGGAUUCGAAUUAUUCCGCCAGCCACUUGAAAAGAAACUAGAGAUUGAGAUGGUCAACAGUCCUCACUUCCUUGGAUAUUCCAGGCUUGGGGCCGAGAUCACCGCUUUGAAGUCUGACCAUCGUGAACAAUUUGAUUUUGCUACCGAGUUACCAGCACCUGGUCCCAGUGAGCCGUUGUACAGAAAUAUCUGCGGACCUAACCAGUGGCCAGACGAAACUGCAAUCCCCGGGUUCCGUCAGGCGACAGAGAAAUAUCUAUCGGAGGUCGAUGCUUUAUCAACCUCUUUCACGGCUCUCAUUGCCGAGUCAUUAGAUCUCCCCCCUACAGCGAUGGAUGGAGUCUUUGAUAAUCCCCAGCAGCACAAAUUGAAAUUGAUCAAGUAUCCACCACCACCCAACCAGGCUAGCAACGGAGCUGGCUUUCAAGGUGUCGGUGCGCACAAAGACUCUGGAUUCCUUACAUUCCUCCUCCAAGCCACGCCACACCGUGGUCUCGAGGUGCAAAACAAAGCCGGCGAAUGGGUAUCAGCUCCUCCACUCCCGAAUACAUUCGUUGUCAAUAUUGGUCGCGCUCUUGAGGCAUUGACGGGUGGAGUUUGCACAGCGACUACGCAUCGGGUGAGCUUGCGACAGGAACACUUCAUUGGUAAUGACGGAAAGCCCCUGGGACCGCGAUACUCAUUCCCGGUCUUUCAAGGGGUGAGCAUGGAUCUCUCGGCCGAAAAUAUCACUCUAGUUGUGCCAGAUCAUAUUCGAGACUUGGUAAAGGAUGACAAGGUGAAGUCGGAUGCGGAAGCAACUUUUAACAAGAUGUUCAAAACUAGCAUCGGAGAGGGCACCCUCGUUGCGCGGGUGACGAGCCAUCAAGACGUGGGUCAACGAUGGUAUCCUAAUGUCUUAGCCGAGGCUCUUCAGGGCCAGAAGGAUUUUGUCUCCAAGCAGUGA